UGCGAUCCCACUCAAAUUGUCAAGAGUUUCACUUCAAACUCACAUUGCAAACUUCCUAAACUUAUAAAGCUUAUUACUGUACAACUUGACUAACAGUGUUCAAAAUGACACAAUUUUCUAUUUUAGCCAUAUUCGUCCUCGCUCUUUCAAGCUCAGCUUUUGGCAAUGUCCUUGCGCCCCGAAAUCUGGAAGGAUGCGGAGGAUCAAUCUUUGUUGAAGAUGCAGUGGUGAUCGAUGCUCCGCUUAGCGCAAACUGCAUGUGGCAAAUCAAAACUGACGAAAAUCGCGUCCUUGUUUUCACUGUCAUUUCUGCUGGCGGGAAUUUCAAACAAGUUGAAGAAUUUCUGUCGAUUCACGACGGACUUGGACUUGAAUCCUCUGUCCUCUUAUUUGAGAACCAAAAGAUUCACGAGGUCUCAAAAAAGGAAUUACCCGAGGCCAUUUAUACCACAGGUUCAGUCGCCGAAGUUCGAUUCAAGAAAACCCCGACUUCAGAUUUUAAGCUCAAAAUUCAAAAGGCUGUGAAUUGUCCGUUUAACUUGGGAGCAGAGAGCCAAUGUGGACGAGUUGUGGAUGAGACUUCCUGUUACUGUGCAACAUUCACCAAGAGAGAUCAAACGUCACAGACCUCGUAUUGUGAUUCAAACGCCAUGAAACUGUGGGCCAUCGAAAGUUACGAAGAGGAAUUGGCCAUUCAGACUGUCUGGGGUACAUCAAAUACGAUGUGGACCUCGGGUUCUGAUGAACUAAUGGAGGGUAAGUGGAUAUGGGAGACCACGGGAUCAAAUCUGUAUCCGGGAUAUGCUAACUGGGCCGAUAAUCAACCUGACAACGCAGCAGGAAGUACCGAAAAUUGCUUACACAUAAACAGCUCCAGAAAUGGAAGGGUGGGCUGGAAUGAUUUACCCUGCAGCAAUUUGUUGGACGCUAUCUGUGAAGCACAUUCAUAGACAUUGAUUUUCUUUUUGAAAUACUAACGUUCUUGUUUUUUGCCAUUAUUAAAAAAAAUUAUUUUGACAAAUACAGGGAAAUCAUAAACU